CAAAUAAAUGACACUGACUCUAAACAAGGUGGUGCGCCAAAGAAAUACCUCGCCGUUGAUUGUGAGAUGGUAGGUGUUGGUCCGAACGGGAGCGAGAGUUCUUUGGCGCGAGUGAGUUUGGUGGAUUGGAACGGGGCGGUGGUGCUGGAUGAGUUUGUGAGACAGAAGGAGAGGGUGACGGAUUGGAGGACGCAGUGGAGUGGGAUUAGAGAGAAGGACAUGACUCAUGCCACAUCGUUUGAGGAAGUGCAGACGAAGGUGGCAGAUAUCAUCAAAGAUCGUAUACUCAUCGGACAUGCUAUACAUAACGACUUGAAGGCCCUUCUACUCUCGCAUCCCCGCAAUCUCACCCGCGACACCCAACACCUAGCACACAAAAACGGCCAAUCCCGUGGCUCAAGACCAGCCUUGCGAAAUCUCGUCCGUGAUAUGUUCGCCGUUCCGAUUCAGGGAGGGGAACACAGCUCUGUCACCGAUGCCCGCGCCACAAUGGCAAUCUACCGCCUCCAUCGCAAACAAUGGGAGCAGGCAUAUUCCGUCGUUCCCAUCCGCGUUCGUACCGCACCCUCCCAACCCACAGCAUCUUCCCAAUCUACCACCUCUGACACACCAACAUCCAACUCAACGUCGAAGAAACGAUCCAGACAAUUCGGGGACGACGACUCUGAUGUCGAUUCGGAUACUAAUACGAAAAAGAAAGAAAAGUUCCCCGGAGGUGGACGCAAAGGCGUGUCUUCAGGUCUGUCGGUGGUCGUCAAACGAGGUAAAGGUGUAACUGUGAAGGGAGGAAAAGGAGGCGGCGGUGGUGGGGACACGGGCGCUGAAAAGGCGAAGUGGUGGAAGGAACUUGGGAGCGGGAGUGCUGGAUCGAAGGGGAGUUUUCGAGUGACGAAGUGA